AUGGAAGGAGAAAACCACACACAUGCAGCACAGUUCCUUCUGAUGGGCCUCUCAGAGGACCCAGCCCUGCAGCCCGUCCUCUUCGGACUGUUCCUAUCCAUGUACCUGGUCGCCGUGCUUGGGAACCUGCUCAUCAUCCUGGCCGUCAGCUCUGACUCCCACCUCCACACCCCCAUGUACUUCUUCCUCUCAAACCUGUCCUUUGUGGACAUCUGUUUCACCUCCACCACGGUCCCAAAGAUGCUGGUGAACAUCCAGGCACAAAAUAAAGAUAUCACCUAUACAGAGUGCCUCACUCAGGUGUACUUUUUUAUGAUUUUUGUGGGGAUGGAUAAUUUCCUGCUGACAGUGAUGGCCUAUGACCGCUUUGUGGCCAUCUGCCAUCCCCUGAACUACAUGGUCAUCAUGACCCCUCGGCUAUGUGUCCUGCUGCUUCUGGUGUCCUGGAUCAUUAUUUUCUGUUUCUCCUUGUUUCAUAUUCUCCUGUUGAUUCAGCUGUCCUUCUCCACUGGCACUGAAAUCCCACAUUUCUUCUGUGAACUGGCUCUGCUUAUCAAAGUGGCCACCUUUGAUAUUCUUGUCAAGGUCAAUAUCAUCAUAUUGUAUGUGUCAAGUGUCCUGUUCAUUGUGUGUCCCAUCACUGGGAUUCUUUUCUCUUACUCUCAGAUCAUGUCCUCUAUAGUGAGAAUGUCCUCCAAGGCAAGCAAGUAUAAAGCAUUUUCUACCUGUGGGUCUCACCUCUGUGCAGUCCUCUUGUUCUAUGGAACAGCACUUGGGGUUUACUUCAGUUCAUCUGUGAUUCAUUCUUCCCAUGAAAGCUCUGUUGCCUCUGUGAUGUACACGGUGGUGACCCCCAUGCUGAACCCCUUCAUCUACAGCCUCAGGAACAGGGAUGUGAAGGGGGCCCUGGGAAGACUCCUCAGCCAAGCAGCCUCUGGUCCUUAA